CGAGAGGGCGCGUAAUGUAGUCAAUUGAUAACGCGAGCCGCCCGCCAAGCUCUCAGUCGUAAGAUGAUAGAGAGCCAGGCGGCACAGGAGCCGCCGUCUCCCUCGUCGACUUGCCAACGAAGCUCCUCCUCCUGCUCCUCGAGGUUGCGUCUCGCCUGUGCCUGUGACUGCGAACUCGAAAAUGAGCAAUGCAAGGAGCCCCUGCUGCAGGGCGCCAAACAACAGCAGCCUAAGCCCCCUCAGCACAACAACCAGCAGGCCGCGAGUCACCUUGGCACCAACCAGCAGCAGAGCACGAUGUCAAAGCCCCAGCUGAUGGCCCGGAUGACCCCUACGGGGGGCAGGUCGCGCACCUGCUCCGAGUCGAACGUCGGGGCGCACGUGUCCCUAGCCUUGGCCAACAGCGGCCUGCUGGGCUGCCCUGGCUGCUCGAGUAGCGCUGCGGCCCUGCACACGAGCGUCCUGCCAACGUUGGGCAACGCCACGGCCAUCGCCAUUGGGCCCAACACGGAGGACUCGGCGAGCCUGCUGGAGGAGGCCGGGUCGCCCCGGCUGCCGGACCUCGUGGCCGAGAGCAAGAUCUACGACGAGGCGCAGGAACCCACGGAGUCGUACCUCGCCAUCACCAUACAGGUCUCCAUACCGUUCCUCAUAGCCGGCCUCGGUAUGGUCGGCGCUGGUCUCGUCCUCGAUCUCGUGCAGCAAUCGAUACCUUCCACUCCACAACAACGUAAACAGCGUUUAAGCGGUAGUCUAGACAUCGCCUACGAGCGGCAAAGGGUCGGACGCAUGCACGCGCGCACGACCCGCGUGCUAAUGAGCAUGGUCAUACCAGGACACAUAAUCUUCAUCUACCUGAUAAACUACAUGAAGGAGGGCCAGACCUCGAUGACAGCGCUCUUCGUCUUCGUCUACCUGUGCGCGGCAACCCUCCAAGUGGCCGCCCUACUCUACAUCGCCUACAUAAUGAUACACUGGAUGUGGAAGCGGAAAAUCGAUCCGGACAACUCGGCCAUCCCGUACCUCACGGCCAUGGGCGAUUUGCUCGGCAUCAGUCUCCUGGCCAUCGCCUUUCAAUUCCUCUACCUCGUCGGCGACCAGGAGUUUGACGAGUUGCUCGACAAGCCUUGAUCAUCCCUCACACCUAUAUAGCUCCACACUAUUUUUACCCCCCUCUCUUCUUUUUACCAAAACAUUUAUUUCGCAUCGACUAUUCAACUUUACUGCUCCUGCUGUGCGGAUCGACGUAUAUAUAUAUAUAUACGCGUGUAUAAAUAUAUCAAUAAUUUCUUAGUCCCCCUUCGUCCGCGCUGCACCACAAUCCUGUACAGACACUUUAAUGCAUAUACAUACCACCCAUCUUAUUUUGUGUGUGUGUGUGUGUGUACAAACAUCGAGAAUUUAUAAACAAACAAAGAAAAAAAAGCAGCGAGCGAGUGGUGCGACAAAAGUGAUAUAUUAUGAAUAUAGGGGCUGCUGCAAUCCAGGGGGUGGUUGAUAUGUUCAUCAAUUACAUGUACGCGAGUCGCGUGUGUCUCGGUCUAGCGUGGCGAUGAUGUUGUUGUUGUUAUUGUUGUUGUUGUUGUUGCGUAUCAUGUUGAAGCUGCACGAAAAAAGAAAAAAAAAACAAUUAUGCAUAAUGCGGUGGAGCGGUAGCGCACGAUUGUUGUUAUUUUUUUUUGUUUUUUACAAAUAUUUUGCUGAUUUUAUUUAGUAUUGGUAUUUUUUUUUUUUUUUUUUUUUGCAUGAAUAAUGAAGGAAAAAAAAUUCUUGUUGUUGGAUGGUCGGUCAAAGUGUUCGUAAAAAAUAAAUAAAAAAAGAACCGAAUAUUUUUCUAAAGAAUAAUAAGGAAUAUGCCUUAGUGCGCGCGCCACAGCGAGCCUUGGACCAAGGAGUAUUAUGUUGUGUAAAAUAUAGCGUUGAAAAAUCAAGGGACUGGGCGCCGCUUACGUACGUAUAUAGGAUAACUCGUGGUUGUUCAUACAUUCGUAGGACCAGCAAAUUUUUUUUUUUUUUUUUAUCUUUUAACGUUUUACCAAACAUCUGUACAUAUCUAAUGUACGUUUUAUUGAUUAAUUUUUGUACAGCCUUGAACCUUGGCAUUUUAGAAAAUUAAUUUUUACGUGCAAGUAGACUGCAAAGUAUUGUAGCAAAGUUUUUACACUUGGGUACGAUUUUUAAAAUCUUUAAUAUAAAAAAAAAAUUUUUUUUGAAAUGCGUC